GCGGUCUGGACGCAUCCGUUCUACACUCUUGUCUUCCUGUUGUGCAAUUCUGAGAUCUCAAACUUUGCCUUCACUUACACGUUUGUGUGUGUGUAUGUUCGGGCAGUAAUCAUCGAUUGGCCAAAACUACGAAUCUGAAUCGCCGAUUUUCUGAGGCAAAAUGCAACGGUGUGGCCUGGCGAUCCUUUGCUGUUUGGUCGUAUGCUCACUGGCUGCACCGGACAAACCCAAAGAGGCUCAUCGUAAAGAAAAAUUAGUUGUCAUCCUUCUUGACGGUUUUCGGUGGGACUAUGUUGAGCUACAGAAAGAUAAGGAGGCCCUGCCCGGUUUCCGACAACUGCACAAAGAGGGCGUCAGGGCCAAAUGGGUGAAUCCCAUCUUCCCCUCGCUGUCGUACGCCAGUUGGACCACCCUAAGUACAGGGCUCUAUGCGGAAAACCACAAUAUUAUCGGGAAUUAUUUCCACGACUCGUACCGUAAGGAAACAUUCGAGUUGUUCAACCGAAGUCUUUCGUCAAAUCCACGUUGGUGGCAGGAUGCUGAGCCCAUAUGGACAACAGCCACGCGCAAGGGUCGUAAAGUGGGAACUUUCCUCUGGGCUCGAAGCGACAUUCCUGUUCGAGGCAUUCUACCCCAUCAGGCCCAGGGUUUUCAACUUACCAAAGGUGCCACUAGCCUUGGUGCCAAUCUAGAUAAAACGAUCAAAAUGAUCAAAUCGGAAGGAUACGAUUUGGUCAUGGUUUACAACGAACACAUUGAUAACAAAGGGCAUCAAUUCGGCCCCGACUCACCCGAGUUAAUGAUAGCUCUACAAGAAGUGGAUGCAGAGCUUUACAAAUUCUUAAAAAAGUUAGAUGAAACAGAUCUCGAUGAAACGGUGAAUGUGAUGAUUGUUUCCGACCAUGGGAUGACGUCAGGUACGCCACAUACUGGAGCAGAGUACGUAGAGAUAGACGAUUAUCUCGACAUGGACGAUGUUUCAUAUGUCAUUGACCGUGCUGCAGUAGCAGCCGUGGCCCCUCUUCCUGGAAAAGCGGAUAAGGUCUACAAGCAACUGAAGCAAAUGCGUGGCGUGGAUGUUUAUCGGCGAGAUGAUAUACCUGAUCAUUAUUACUACAAAAAUGGACGUUACGUUCAGGAGAUUCUAGUCUGCGCCAAACAUGGAUUUGUUAUUAGCGGAGCUGACAGCCCGAAACAAAUCCCGCGUGAUCCUUCCACACCCCGACCUAUGAUUUGGGGCGGCCUACAUGGCUAUGACAACACACAUCCUGACAUGAGGACCAUCUUCAUGGCCAUGGGUCCCUCUUUCAAAAAGCAUUAUAAGGGUGAACCAAUUGAUUUGGUGGAUAUCUAUCAAAUCUAUGCUCAUGUUCUGGACUUGGAGCCUAAACCGCAUAACGGCUCUUGGUCACGCGUUCGAUCGUACCUCACCAACAGUGCCUCAUUCACAAAAGUCCUCAGCUGGAAUCCAAUCCUUAUGACUCUGCUGAUCCUGCUAAGAUAUUUUAUUUAAAUCAUUACAAACGAUGCCACGAGUCUAAUCAGCAGAACAAUGAAUACCAGUACUAUUUUUAUUUUAUUGAAAAAAAAAUUAUUAUCUAUUAAAGUACUAUGGCUGAGUGAGCUCUACUUAAACGUCCCAUACCAAGAGGAAAUUUCAGUGUAAGAAACGCGAUGCCUUUGCUAGUUACGCUCAUCCAUAAGAUACUUAUCGAUAGAAGAAAUUGUUGAACUAGUCUGUUGAUUCACAUGCGACAUUGUAUUUUAUGGCCUUUUUAACUGAUCCAUCCCCUAUAACUUUUCCUGUACGUUUGUUCGUUUGAAAUUAAAAAAAAAGUUCCCUAGUGUAUCGGCUAAUACAACUGCUUUAUAAUUCAA